AUAUUUAAGAAUUUGAUAGAAAAGGAUGAAAGAUUUGAACUCAUUGGUGACAAUCUAAUGACAGUCAUAUGUUUUCGCCUAAAGCCUUCAUCUGAAAAAACGGCAUGGAAAAUGCUGAAAAUUUCGAGGCCGCCGCUGUAGAAUUAGCGAAAUAUAUAACUGAUUAUUUUAAUAAUAUUCGAAGCAGAAAGGUUUUACCCGUAUGUGCACCCGGCUUCUUGAGAAUUUUGAUUACAGAUAGAGCUCCAGAAAAAGCAGAACCCUGGGACGAUGUUUUUGCUGAUAUCGAACGAAUAAUCAUGUCAGGAAUAUGUCACUGGCAACAUCCAAGAUUCGCUUCUUUCUUCCCCUCGCGAACAUCUUAUGCAGCUAUUCUCGGAGGAAUGUUCUCAAAUGCGCUCGCAACUGACGUCAUAUCUUGGAAAUCCUUUCCUGCAGCCACUGAACUAGAAGUCAUUGUUUUAGACUGGUUGGCAAAGGCUAUAAAACUGCCUAAAAUCUUCUUGUCUACUUCUGAAGGAGAUGGAGGAGGUGUAAUCCAGAAUUCGUCUACUGAGUGCAUGUUAAUGAGUCUAUUCGCUGCCAGAACCGCUUCCAUAAAUAAAAUGAAAACAGAAAAUAACGAAAUGGAGGACUGGAUAGCUGUUACAAAAUUAAUUGCUUAUAAAUCAGAAGAGACACACUCGUCCUUUGUAAAGGCUUGCAAGAUAGCUCUAAUAAAGGUGCGAGAUAUAGAAUUGGAUGAUAGACGUUCCAUGAGAGGAAACAGUUUGAAGAAAGCUAUUGAAGAAGACAGAGCUAAAGGUUGUGUACCAUUUUAUAUUUGUUCAACUUUGGGUACAACUUCUGUGUGUGCAUUUGAUAACAUUAAAGAAAUUGGUGCUGUAUGUAAAGAUGAAGGUAUCUGGUUGCACAUAGACGCUGCAUAUGCAGGAAAUGCAUUUAUAUGUCCUGAAUACCGUUAUCUGAUGAACGGUGUGGAAUAUGCAGAUUCCAUUUGUGUGAGUCCCCACAAAUGGUUACAAGUACCUACAGGUUGUUCGGUAUUAUGGUUACAAAAUAGCAAUAAACUUGUCGAUUCUAUUCCCGAGCCUGGUGAAUAUUUGCAAUGUACACAGAAUUCAGAAAUGCCAAAUUUUACGAAAUGGCAAAUUCCUUGCGGACGUCCGUUCACUUCUCUGAAACUUUGGUUUGUUUUACGACUCAUUGGAAUUCGGCAACUUCAGAAAAUCAUCAGAAAGGAUAUAAAAUUGGCCCACAUAUUUAGGGAGUUGAUAGAUAAGGAUGGAAGAUUUGAACUAAUUGGUGAGAAUCUAAUGUCACUUGUGUGUUUUCGCCUGAAGGGGAGUAAUGAAAUCAAUGAAGAGUUAAUCAAAUCGAUUACCCUGACCAGAGAAAUUCACAUAGGAUGUUCCAAAAUUGAUGAUAAUGUGUUCCUUCGAUUUGUUGUUCAUGCAUAUCAGGCGACCAUUGAAGACAUAAAUUAUUCCUAUAAACUCAUCGCAAAACUUGCUGAUCAAGUGUUACAUUCGCAACCAAAGCCUCGCACACAAACCUCUAAGGACUGCCUUAAAUGUAUGAUAUCUAUAUUUCAUUAGUUAAUAUCAUAAUCUGAAAACAUAUUCAAUAUUUCGAAGACUAUUCCUUUGUACAUAUAAGUAUAUCUAUGUAUAUUUUGAGACUGAACGACUGCGUAAUAAUGCACGGUAUGCUAAGCUAGUUCGUCCGACCAUUAUACUAUCAGAAGCAUGAAACUUAUUGCCGCUUACAUUUAAAACUUGUGAUUAUUAAACCAAAUCCUGUCUGUCACCAAA